AUGCCUCCCUUCAAGGACGAGCAGAUAAUCAUCAUCGCGCCGGGCUCGGAGACGACAGUCGCGCAGCUCGGCCUGCCCGAGUCUUUCACCCCGGCCCGCCUGCGCGUGCGGUCGCGCAUGUUCCCUGCCCAAAAGGAGGGAGAAUGGGAGCCAUACAAAGUGCGCCGGCGGCAGGGCAAGCUUGCAGCGCCCGCCGGGGAGCCGCAGGACCGAGCGCAAAACGGCGAAGUCGCCAAAACGGCCAUCCCAGACGGUGACGAGGAUGACGUUCUCUACGAGGAGGACCGUGUCUCAGAAGAGGGCGCUGUGUGGCCUAUCCAAGAGGGUCGGAUCGUAAACUGGUCGUGUUUCUUCGCCCUCAUCACCCACGUCUACAACGCGCUGAACCCGCCGUUCCACACCCCGAUCCUCCUCAUAGCGCAGCCGGUAUGGACGCCGAAAGAGCAUGAGAAGCUCACGCAGUUCUUCUUCGAGAAGUUCAAGACACCCGCGUUUGGGAUGAUGGACGCAGCGCUUGCGACGAGCUGGGCAUACGGCGUACACACCUCGACCAUAGUCGACGUGGGGAAGGAUAAGGCCGACGUCACCGCCGUCAGCGAGUUCAUCCCACAUACACAAGGGCGCGUCAUCUCAUUAGCGGGAUGCGGAGGCGAAGCUCUCACACAAGCGCUGCUCUCGAGGCUCAAGUCGAAAGGCUUCACGCGGGAAAUGUGCGAACAGCUCAAGAAGAGCCCCAUCUGCGAGAUACUGCCGCCCGACACGCCAUUACCGGGGACGAGAGAAGCGAGUGAACCAGACAACAUCACGAACCCUGCCGCGGCUGCUUCUACUGGCGCUGCUGGCUCCGGGCCUGCAGCUGCUUCUACAAUCGGGAACGCGCCUCGUGGCCCUGGCGCCGACACUGAAGUUGGCGAUGAUACGGGUGCAGAAGAGAGCGAAGGUGUUCUCGAUGUUGCUAGCAUCGUGACAGGGGGUAGGAUGAACGAGUACCUCGCCAAGAAAGAGAAGGAAAAGCAAGAAAAGGCGGCAGCGAAGAAGAAGGGUGGUGCGGAAGCCGCCGCUGCAGCACAGGCCAGGCCAGUGAGGCUGCCGAAUUCGAAACGUGAGAAGGCGACGUUCUUGUACGAGGACCAUGCGCUCCUGGACAGCCUCAAGAACAUGAACUUAGGAAGCGUGAAGUUGGCGGAAGCGCAAGCUACUCUAGAUGAGGGCCCGCAAAAGAAGGCCCAUGAAGAGGGUGCAGAUGGCGAGCCCACUUCGGCGCUUGAAGCAAAUGGCAACGCUGAAGGCCCCUCUAUGACUUCACGGGCCGGUCCGAUAAGGCGCGAGAUUGAAGUCGGCACAGAGCGAUUUAUGGCAGCGAGCAACGAUGUGUUGGAGAGAAUCGCUGAUGCGGUCCACAGGACGAUAUCCUCCGUCGACGAAGUCAACAAGCGCAGCGAGCUCUGGGAUUCCCUGAUAGUUUGCGGCAACGGAUCAAGAGUUCGAGGCUUCAAGGAGGCGCUUCUCGCCACAAUCCAAUCAAAAUACCUCAUCUCUCCUUCUUCGGCGACAAUUUUCACCUCCGAAAUACCCUCCAAUAUCUCCACCCCAGCCGGCACCGGCGCCAACACACCGCAACCCCAACUCGGCCCCCACGGUGGUCUUGGUGGCCUCGGUGGCCCGUCAUCCCAAGUCAAUCCCCUUCUUUACGCAGCCACAACCGCACAAACUCAGCAUCUCAUGCCUCCGAGCAGCAACCUCAUGAUGUCAGGCAUGUCAGGCAUAAGCCACAACAUGCACUCCUCACACGGACAGACACCCACCUCAAUCAAGUUCUUGAAACCUCCGGAGUACUUCCCUGAAUGGAAAGAAGUUGGGUUCGACGAGGCCACGUUCCUGGGCGCUCAGGUUGCUGCAAAGGUCAUCUUCGUGGUCGACCAAGGCCAGAGUAAGGGCUACAUGACGAGGCCGGAUUACAACGAUCAGGGUCCGACUGGUAUACACGAUUAUAGCUUGUAGUUUGUUCUAGCUUCUUGCAUACCUAAGGCGCGGAGUUUUGGAAACGAAUACCAAGGCGCUGCGAGAAAGGCCUACACUGGGUAUGGAUACUCCUUUGGUCUAGCGAUUCCGAAUAACAAAAGUUGAGAUACCACAUUUUCACUACUUGAAGAGUCCGGAGUGUUGAUACGAGGCAACGUCGGCGAACGCCGGCCGGCGCAAGCCGCCACGUGCCUGCGAAUCCACUUACCGAACCGAGCCUGCCACUAACCAUAUCGGUCUCCCUUUGCUUUUAAACCCACUUCAAGCCACUCCAGCCGCGCCGUCCAAGAACACGGCGUCAAGAUAGAUAAAGGCUUUCCUCGUCCAACUCUUUCCUUUCGGUCGUGUCAACAGUCUUUUUCACUUCCACGGUUA